AUGCAGCCACCUCUUGGGGGCCCUCCUCAGCUGCAAGCUCCCCCUGCUCGGGACCCUGUAACAAAGCUGCAGAUCUUGUUGGGGAACUUGCUCAAGCACUUCACGGAUGUGGUGGUGCAUUUGUCUGACGUUGCCCCGCCACGCUCCGUCUCUGGCGCGGUGGACGUCGACGGAGCUUCUGAAGCAGCGGAGGGCUCCAGCUCAGGUGUUCGGACAGCAAUGACCGAGGAGCAGCUAAAUGAGUUUAUUCUCAGCUGCUCCAAGGGGGUCGGAAACCUUGUACAUGUCAUAGAAGAAGAAGCAGAGAAGCUUCCAGAUGCCAUCCAGUCACAGGAGGAAGUUGAGAGUGAGCUACGGUACCUGGAAAGAGAGAAUGAAGUGGCUGCAGCGGAACUGAAGCAGCUCGUGGCAUCCGUGCGCCUUGUGCGGGAAGCAAUCAGGGAGGCAUACAGGGAUGCUGCCACCGACGGCACUCGCAUCACUAUAGACUAG